AUGAGCACGAGCUCCACAGUGGAAAACACUGUGACCUGGAUCAACCAGUCCGCCAGCCGGGGUGAUGCCCAGGUGGAGACGGGCGUCAUGACGGUGGAGAACAUGCUGGAGGAGUCCGCCGUGAAUCGAUACGAGCGCGGGCGCCAGGGAUGCUGCGAGAAGGUGGUGGUCAACAUUUCGGGUUUACGCUUCGAGACCCAACUUAAAACUUUCAACCAGUUCCCGGACACGUUGCUGGGGGACCCCAGGAAGAGGAUGCGCUACUUCGACCCGCUGAGGAACGAGUACUUCUUCGACAGGAACAGACCCAGCUUCGAUGCCAUCCUGUACUUCUACCAGUCAGGGGGGCGCAUACGGAGACCUGUCAACGUGCCCAUUGAUAUCUUCUCCGAGGAGAUCAGGUUCUAUCAGCUGGGGGAGGAGACCAUGGAGAAAUUCAGGGAGGAUGAAGGGUUUAUAAAAGAAGAGGAGCGCAUUUUGCCCAAAAAUGAAUUCCAAAAGCAGGUUUGGCUCUUGUUUGAGUAUCCUGAGAGCUCGGGGCCAGCCAGAGGGAUCGCCAUCGUCUCAGUGCUUGUUAUUCUGAUUUCUAUCGUCAUCUUCUGCAUGGAGACUCUCCCGGAAUUUCGGGAUGAGAAGGACCGAGCCAGAGUGGCACCCGAGGUCAAUGGCACAGCUCCCUACGUGCCCAGCCCGUUCACAGACCCCUUCUUUGUGAUAGAGACCCUGUGCAUCAUCUGGUUCUCCUUCGAGUUGCUGGUGAGAUUCUUCUCCUGCCCCAGCAAAGCGACCUUCUCCAAAAACAUCAUGAAUAUCAUUGACAUCGUGGCAAUAAUCCCCUACUUCAUCACCCUGGGGACGGAGCUGGCCGAGCAGCAGACCAACAGCGGCCAGCAGGCGAUGUCCCUCGCCAUCCUGAGGGUCAUCCGGCUGGUGCGGGUCUUUCGCAUCUUCAAGCUGUCCCGACACUCCAAGGGACUUCAGAUUCUGGGUCAGACUCUCAAAGCCAGCAUGAGGGAGCUGGGCUUGUUGAUCUUUUUCCUUUUCAUCGGAGUUAUCCUCUUCUCCAGCGCGGUUUACUUCGCAGAGGCGGACGACCCCUCGUCCAGCUUCACCAGCAUCCCGGACGCCUUCUGGUGGGCAGUGGUCACCAUGACCACGGUGGGAUACGGGGACAUGCAUCCGGUGACCAUCGGUGGGAAGAUAGUGGGGUCUCUGUGUGCAAUAGCGGGCGUGCUGACCAUUGCCUUACCCGUGCCCGUGAUUGUGUCCAACUUCAACUACUUCUACCACCGGGAGACGGACGGAGAGGAGAUGCCUCAGUACGCGAACCCUGGCAGCUGCGAGCACCUCCUCCCCGUGGAGGAGCUGAGGAGGUCAGACAGCUCCUCGUCCCUCAGCAAGUCCGAGUACGUGGUGAUAGAGGAGGGCAUCAAGCAGCCCAGCUUCAGCACCGAGAACAAGCAGAACUGCGUGAACAUCAAACAGAUCUUCACGGACGUGUAA